UAACAUAUUAAAUUCAGGCUUUACAUUAGAGUUUCUUCAGCGAGUUUUUACAGCAUCUUAGCUGACAACAAAGAACUCAUCAGCAAUUUCAAUGAUGGGGUUCACCCAUAUCGAGUUCGCUAUCAGUCACGCCGAAUGUCGUGUUCCUCAAAGAAGGCCAUCAAUCAAAAUUUAAUAUUAUUCAUGCCGGGUCACCUGGUUCGAUAUUUAUACAUUUCGUUCCUACAAAAAUUUUAUUUCACAUUAAAACACCCAUUUCAAUUUUGCUCACAUCCGGUCCGCACAUCUUUACAUCUAAUUAUCAUAUUCUUCAUAUUCUUUUAUAUAAUUCCAUAUCUUGUUUUGACAUUGUUACUUAAAUUUUGCCUGACAUUUGACAUUAGUGACACAGGACUGGAUAGUGACGUAAAAAUCGUAAAAUAAAUAUUUUCUCUUGUCGCCGUUGCUUUUGAAUGUUCUGGUUAUAAGUUUUUAUUUCUUUAUGUAUAUUUAUAUUUUUUCAAUCAAACUGAUAAUGAUUUACUAAAUAAUAAAAUAACUUCAUUUAAUUUUGGCAUUUGUGUUAUUAUUUACAAUGGCUACUGAUGAUUCAAAAGUGGGAGAUGGUUCAAUUUGCCAUACAAUUUUAGAGAAAAUUAAUGCAAUAAAUGAAAAUGUUGUUACCAAGCCUCCGGAUAUUCAUGAUUUCACUAUUAUAAAACCUAUCAGCCGUGGUGCGUUCGGCAAAGUAUUUCUUGCUCAUAAGAAGAAUAACAAAGAACAAAUGUAUGCGAUUAAAGUUAUGAAGAAAUCCGAUAUGAUAAAUAAAAAUAUGGUAGCACAAGUUGUAACUGAACGAAAUGCGCUGGCUUUAUCUAGAAGUCCAUUUUGUGUGCAUUUAUUUUAUUCAUUACAAUCUGUAUCAUCAGUAUAUCUAGUCAUGGAAUAUAUGGUUGGUGGUGAUUUAAAGUCUUUAUUAGGUGUUUAUGGAUUUUUAGAAGAAUCUAUGGCUAUUUUCUAUGUAGCUGAGGUAACAUUAGCUCUGGACUAUUUACAUAAGCAUAAUAUUGUGCACAGGGACUUGAAACCAGAUAAUAUGUUAAUAUCAAAGUCAGGUCAUGUCAAGCUUACAGACUUUGGUUUAUCAAAAAUUGAAAUACAUAGAGAUUUGGAAAUAUCAGAUUUUGUUAAUCGAACUCCGAGUUUGAACAUGAGGACCCCUGGCCAACUCCUAUCUUUGACAUCACAUCUGUCUUUUGGUUCUGGUGGAGGGGAAAGUAUGCAAAAUUCUGUUAUUUCUGCAGAUGCCUGUGAGAACCUUCUUGAUGAACUUAAGGAGACUAGUAUGCUAUUACAAUUAUGCAAACUGAAAGAUGAGUUAAGUGCUGUAGCUGGUACAGAUACUUCAAAUGUAAUGGAACAUUCACAGUUGUCUGGAAUACAUCCUUUCAUGAGUGCUGAGAGUAUUAAUAUAGACGAUGUUUCUAUACAAGGCUCUGGUUCUGAAUCACACAGUUCUUAUCACACAUGUGAGAGUUCAAAAAAUAGUUCAAACUCUAAAAGUAAUAAAUCGACUACUGACUUGAGCAGUAACAAUGGGUCUUCAGUAGAUGAAUCUACAGGUUUAUCAGACUCUCAACAUGAUAACUCAACAUCACCACUAUGCAGAGGCCAAUCUUUGAAAAGGAUACCUAGUUUCAGAGCUAAAAAAAGAAAGAGAAAACUGGACUGUGAUGGUGAUACACCUACAGGUGUUAUGAGUCUAGCAGAGUCUAAAGAAAAUCAGAGUGGGUUGACGCAAGAAAUAAUGGCUUUAGAACUGUCACAAAAUACACCAAAGCGCAUGUCGUUACAUCCUACUCCAGAUAGACGCAAAAAUCCAAUAAAGGGCGUUUUGAAAAAAAGGUGGGUUUCUCAGGAUGACAGUUAUCAUUUUAAUGUUGGAGUCAUAUUCUCUACGCCGGUAUCAAAUAAUAAAGAAGAAACGAAAAAGAGAGAGAAAGCUACCCGUUUUAACUUACCAAAAGAUGAUCAGUCAAUUCCAGACACAAAUAAGAAGUCGAUUAUAUUUAGUAAACAUAUUUCUACAAGUUUAGAAAUAUUUCCAAUGAGAGGGUUAAGCAAGGGAGAACGGUCACCUACUGAUUUAUGCAAAACUCCUCUGGCAACCGUACAGACACCUUAUCGUACGCCUAAAAGUGUGAGGCGAGGGAACCAGAUAUCUGAUCAGAGAAUUUUAGGAACUCCAGACUAUUUAGCACCAGAAUUACUUUUGAAAGAAGGCCAUGGUCCUCCUGUAGAUUGGUGGGCUUUAGGGGUUUGUCUGUACGAGUUCAUGACUGGUGUGCCUCCAUUCAACGACGAAACUCCUCAAGCUGUAUUUAAAAACAUAUUAUCUAGAAAUAUUGAAUGGCCAGAGGCGGAUGAAGCUCUGUCAACGGAGGCAGUGGCUGCAAUCGAAGGCCUACUUACCAUGGAACCUAAAGAGCGGCCAGCCGCAGCCGAGGUACGCCGCAUGCCGUUGUUCCAACGAGUCGACUGGGACAACCAAUUGCGCGCUGAACCACCAUUUGUGCCCACUCCCGAUGAUUUGCAUGAUACAGGAUAUUUCCAAGCUCGCAACAUUCUGCAGCAGUUACAAGUAUCGAAUUUUGACAUUUAGUUUAAAGAAGAUAAAGGGGGCUGUAUAGUAUUAGAUAUCUAUGUGAAAACCAUAUAUCAAUAUUUAACUAAAUAUGUUUUGUUAUUACUAAAAGAUUUAAAAUAAUAUAAUGAACUUUAGAUGUAAAGACUGAUUUUAAAGUGUUCUACUAAAGGUUUAUUUUUAAUGAUAUGUGUUAUUAUUUUAAAGUACAUAUGAUAUUAUACGCUAAAU